AUGGGAAAAAUAGUUUUGUAUGCCAUAGGUGGAAGCGCGCCGAGUCGGGCCGUUUUGCUUACAUUGAAAGCGUUAAAUGUGCCUUUUGAAUACAAAUUUUUAAAUUUAUUAACAGGAGAGAAUCGUACGCCCGCAUACCUUGCCAUUAACCCACAUGGCACUGUGCCAGCACUAUCUGACGAUGGUGAGAUACUCACUGAUUCACACGCCAUUAUCACAUAUCUAGUUGACAAGUACGGCACAGAUGAUUCGCUCUAUCCAAAGGAUCUGAUCAAGCGUGCGAAAGUCAACCAGUUUUUAUUCUAUGAGGCUACUGUGGUAUUCGAUCGCACUUUCCUUAAUAUUAGCAGACCGAUUUUUAAUAAAAAUAAUGUGAUUACACAUGCCAAAAUUGAAGCCAUCUAUCAAGUCUAUGAACGACUGGAGAGUUUCUUGAAGGAACACGCUUACGUGGCUGGAGAUCAACUAACAGUUGCGGAUUUCUCACUUAUCGCUACAAUAACCACUUUGUUCAAUUUUGCUCAACUUGAUGGUGGCAAAUACCCCAAAAUUGCUGAGUGGGUGAAGCGUUUGGAAGAGUUGCCCUACUAUGCCGAAGCGAAUGGCGAAGGUUUAAAGCAAUAUAGUGAUUUUAUUAAGUUGAUUGGCGGCUUUAAAGUAUUGCGUUAA